UUCAGAGCUGGAGCUGGAUCCGUCCCAGGUCUCCAGCAGCAUAAAUAUCUGGCCCUCAGCACCGCAGUGGGAAUUCAUGCCGUGUUCUCUUGCAGAUUGCCUCGGUUUGCAGCUCUCCGUGCUGACAUGGUGACGAAACGGUGGCUUUUACCAGCGGGCAGAUGGGCACAGCUGCUCCAGAGAGGCUAGUGGGAACAGCCUGGUAGGGUCCAUCUCGGCUAGACGCGGAUGAUGCCAGAGCUAUGACAGGGAUUGCAGUGUUGGCACGGAGGGGUGAUCAGCUAUGGAACAACUACAGGAGGAAGUACCUGAGGUCAGGGAAGAGGAGGAGGAAGAGGAAGAGGCAGUGACGGCGGCGAGCGGCGCCUCGGAGCCAAGCGGAGGACGGGACAGCUCGCUGCCCUCGAGCAGCUACACAGCGAUCCGCUUUGGCCGCAUGCCGGAAGCGGAGAAGAGGAAGCUGGUGGCGGGGCUGACGGCCAGUGACAUCAGCUGCCAGAACCCGCACGUGGCCGACCUCAAGGCUUUCUCCAAGCACAUCUGCAACGCCUACCUGAAAAACUUCAACAUGACCAAAAAGAAGGCGAGAGCGAUCUUGACCGGGAAGACCAGCAGCACCCCACCUUUCGUGAUCCACGACAUGGACACCCUGUGGCGGGCGGAAAAGGGCCUGGUCUGGAAACAGCUGGUGGACGAGAUCCCCCCCUACAAGGAGAUCGGGGUCCACGUCUUCUACCGCUGCCAGUGCACCUCGGUGGAGACGGUGCGGGAGCUCACCGAGUUCGCCAAGAGCAUCCCCAGCUUCGUGGGCCUUUACCUGAACGACCAAGUGACUCUGCUCAAGUACGGGGUGCACGAGGCCAUCUUUGCCAUGCUGGCCUCCAUCAUGAACAAGGACGGGCUGCUGGUGGCCGACGGCAACGCGUUCGUGACGCGCGAGUUCCUGCGCAGCCUGCGCAAGCCCUUCAACGAGAUCAUGGAGCCCAAGUUCGAGUUUGCCGUGAAGUUCAACGCGCUGGAGCUGGACGACAGCGACUUGUCGCUGUUCGUGGCCGCCAUCAUCCUGUGUGGAGACCGCCCCGGCCUGACGAACGUGAAGCAGGUGGAGGAGAUCCAGGACAACAUCCUGCGGGCGCUGGAGUUCCACCUGCAGAGCAACCACCCGGACGCGCAGUACCUCUUCCCCAAGCUGCUGCAGAAGAUGGCCGACCUGCGGCAGCUGGUGACCGAGCACGCGCAGCUCAUGCAGAAGAUCAAGAAGACGGAGGCAGAGACGUCUCUGCACCCGCUGCUGCAGGAGAUCUACAAGGACAUGUACUAAGGGCCGCUUAUUUAUGAGAGAUCGAAGCCAUGGAUUCCCAGCAAGACUCUUUGGACAAAAACAAAGAAAACCCUCCCCAGGUGCCCAGGUCUUCCGUUUCUUCUGCUGGAAACUUGUCUCUACACGUU